UGGAUUCGGUCGUUGUCGAGUCGUUGCGGCGGUCAGAUUCGAAAACUCGUGCAAAUUCGAAAAAAGCAUAGGCUGGCGCUUUAUCAGUGAUUCUCAAUGGGCCGAGUAGCGAUCAGCGAUCCCCGACCCGCGGCGCGCGCCUAAGCACCACACAGGCCAAGUGGGUUGACAAAAAGUGCUCAGUGCUCUUUGCUCGGAGUGACGACAAUUUCGUGUCCGAGUUGUGUAAAAAAGAAAGUUCCCGGCCACCGAGGGUGUAAAUCACAUAACCGUAACGGUAACAGCUUUGCCGGGAAAAAGGAGGAAAAAGGCCACAGUGCGGCGCAACUAAUCCCGACUAAAAAUAGCCCCGAAGAGAUAAAAACUCACUCGGCCCUCAAAGCACACGCGGACAGAUAUUCCGCGUAUUGUUUUUGUGACCGUUGUUUGUGGAUAUUUAUAUUUUUAUGUUUUUUUACACAAACUCACGUGUCUAACGACACUUUGCAGCGCCGAGAUACAUACAGGUCUCUUUGGGAAGCUGGGCACGUGACCACCAAUUAAUGAAUCAGGCAGGAGCGACCGACCCGGCUAGCCAAAGAGAGAGAGUGGUGGUAAAAAACGAGAGAAAUAAGUGAUAACGCCAAGAAAUCCCCAAUCCCAAUCUUACGCAAAUCGAGCGACAAAAGUGAAACGCAAAAAAUCAAGUUUAAAAGUCAAAAGUCACAAACAAAAUGAAAUAAACAAUGCUUCGAAAGUUCAAAGCUACAAAACACAAAUGUUAAUUGUGCAAAUUAUAUUAUCUCCACCGAGAUCGAGAAUUAAGCUUUAAAUUAAUUAGUGCCUGGCCGAAAAUAAAUCAUUGCAGUGCAACAAGUGGCCUACAAGUGUUAAUACUAUUAUAUUCCAAAGUGAAAUAGUUGUUGAGGCAACUAGCAGUAAUUUUUAAUCAAAAGCAGCCAGCAGAGCCCGAGAGAUACCAGCUUAUCGCCAGAAGGAGGAGGUUGACGACUUCGGAGGUUUGACAAUAUGUUGAGCCCCCAUAAUGAAGGAAAUUGACUCGGAGACGUCAGUAGUAUGGCCAGCCUGGUGUUAUUCCGGUAACGCACCCACCGACAUUCUGCAGCAGAAGCCAGCCAAGGCCACCACCGCCAUUGUGGGCGGUCGCAGUGCAGCCCAACCGACGGCGACCCACGACGAGCACCAGACCGCGGCCUCCACCAAACGGAAGCACCUGGAGCGCCUGGCCAGCGAUCUGCGGCAACUGGGACAGGGAAAAGGGCAGGACAGAAGCCACAUCACGGACCUCGAAUCCUUGUCCGCCGGUAAAAUGCUCAGCGAGCGGUCGAUCCUGCUCAGCGGUUAUGGAGCCAUCGAGAGCAGCUCCAAGAAGCUGAGCGAAGCCAGCUCCGGCGGUGGGGCGGGCGGCAUGGUCAGUCAGACGGCCAUCACGCCCACCACCACACCUCUGGGCAUGUCCGCCGCCCCCUCCACGUCCACCUCCUCGGCUCCCACGUCCGCCGCAUCGGCGAGCAACACUGCCACAGUGGCCGCCGCCUAUGCGGCCCUCUACCUGGAGAAGGUAAAGAACGAGAAGUACUCGUCGCAGAUGGACAACCACAAGGAGGCCCUCAUGAUGGACGCCAAGCCCAUGGUGACCAUUCACAACAACAACAACAACAAUGCUAUCAACAACAACAACAGCAGCAGCAGCAACCAUCACUCCAGCUCCCAGCAGCAACACCUGAGCGUGAAAAGGGAGCGCCUCAGUCCGGGGAGCAACAGUAGCAGCCACAACGGCGAAGUCACCGUCAGUUCAUUUGCCAGAUCUCGCAGCGCCACGCCCUCCUCAUCGUCUUUCCGCGGUGGUGGUGGUGGUGGAGGUGUCUCACCCAACCAGCAACAGUCCCAGCAACAGCAGCGCCUAAGUCCGCCCAGUGCCCAGUCGGCAGCUGCCACAUCCUCGGCCACCGCCACGCACAUGCCGCUCCACAAUUUGUCGACGAAUUUGCUGAACAGCAUCCAACAGCAGCAGCAGCAUCGGACCAGCAGCAGCAGCUCCAACAGCACCGGCCAGGCGGACAGUGGAGGUGCCGCGCCGAGUGCCGCGGACUUCUCCACCCGCAACUACUCUGACAUAAUGCGCUGUCUGGCGGCCAAGUACAACAACUCCAAUCCCAAUGACCACAACGCCACUCGUCGCAACUCGUACUACGACAACAGCAACAGCGGAGCCUCGGCAGCGGCCGCGACAGGAGCCGGGCCGGGCUCCGCCAACACUGCCUCCAGUUCCGCCCUCAAGUCAGCCAGCAGCAGCUCCAGCGGCAGCUCCAGUGGCCCGAGCAGCUCCAAGAAGCUCUCGCAAUCGGCCUCCUCGGCAGCUGCAGCUUCUGCCAGUGCUACGCCCUCCGGAGGCCAGCCCAAGGAGAGCAAGAUGAGCGGCGGAGGGGGCGUGGGCAGUGCCUCGGCCACGUGCAGUGGCUCGUCCCUGUCUCAACUGGCCCCGCCUCCGGCCGCACCGUCGCCCACGGAGCAGGCCAAGAGCCAAAUGGCCGCCGUGGUGGCCGCCGCGAGUGUCUCCCCGUUCAUGAGCAACUUUCUGCCCUUCUCGUCCGGCAUUUUUCCGCCGCUGAUAGACAUGAGCAGCACCCAGGCGCUGCUGACUCUGGCACGCGCUAUAAAAGACGCCCAAAUCCAAGAGAUACUGCGCACCAAGCAGCAGCGCUCGGGGUCGAAUGCCUCCUCGCCGAACGCGAGUGCGACGGGCACCCCCCGUUCCAGCUCCACAAUGAACGCCGCCCUGCAGCAGGCCGCCCAAUUUGUAACACCCGCUCUCAUCUACUCGGCCCAGUUGCAGCAGCAGCAGCAGCAACACCAGCGACAGCAACAACAAUCGCAUCACGCUUCGCGGCAGUCUAGUCCUCGUUCCGCAACUGAGAACUUAGCGGCGGCGCCGGUAGUCGGCGGGGCCCCCUCCUCGAUUGCGUCGGCGGCGCCACUGGAUCUGAGCUCCCAGCCACCGGCCGCCAAGCGCUUUAAGGCCGAGCGUCGUGCCAGCUCCACUGCCACCACGGCCACAACGGCCACCACAGCCUCGUCCACAUCCACACCAUCCCCGCCACCGCUGGAGCAGCACCACCAGCACGACGAGGCCCAUUCGGGAGCGCGAACGGGAACGGGAGCUGGAAAAUCCCGCAAGAGGUGCCAAGCACAGAGUGAGGAGGUGAACUCCUGGUCGGUGGGCGAUGUGUGCGGCUUUGUGGGUGGAAUUGAUAUAUGCGCCGAAUACGUCCAGUCGUUUCGUGAUCAGUCCAUCGACGGCACCGGACUGCCGCUCUUGACCGAGGAUCAUUUGGUUAACUCGUUGGGCAUGAAGCUUGGGCCGGCUCUCAAGCUGCGCUCCAUAUUGGCGAAGAAAUUGGGCGGGCCGUGUCCGUGUGUUGCAUGCGUUGCGCAGGCGCAGCAAAUACUGGCACUGCAAACGGGUGGGGCGGCACCAGCACCAGCACCAGCAGCUGCGGCAGCUGGAGGAACAGAAGCAACAGCAACAGGAGCCACGCCAGCCAUAACUAGCUGUAGCUUCAAGUCGGAGAUUUUCAAUGGCGGCAGCAAUGGGAGCAGCAGCAGAAACAGCAAUCAGAGCGUUGCUAGUGAUAUGGCUGCUCAGCGAGCAGCGUCCAACUCGCCCAGUGGCAUCUUGGCGCUGCCCGAGCUGCCGUGCAACGACACCAGCUAGUUAUGUUUGAUUUCAUAAAUAUUAAUGCUAACUAAUUGCAUUUCAACUGCAAAACUGUUGUACCAAAAGAGCUUUCAAAAAAGAAAUACCAUACACAAAAGGUAAAAAUAAAUUAAAGGAACACAAGAAAACUGAUUGAAGAUUGAAGACAGAGAGAAAAUUGUGUAAAUUAAAUAAUAAAUAGUAUACUAGUAGUAAUGGCUAGCUAAACUUAUUGUAGAAACUAUAAGUGACAACAACAAUAAUCGCAAAGUCUUCCACUGCACAGACACUGAAUGCACAGGCAAAAUACAAAUCAUAUUUGUACUUGUAUAACUUUAAUCAAUUAAUUAGUCAAUUUAAUGAGCGUUUUCGAUUACGUACGUACUUAAGUGCAACGUGAACUUGCAUUGAUUUUAUUUAUUUCUAUGACUUUUUUCGUUUUAACUGCUAGUCAGUAAUGUAUAUUUUAUAGAAUUCCGAUAAAUGUGAAGCGAACUUAAAAUUCAUUUUACCAUAUUGUUUAGCAAAUCGAAAGUAAAAGGCUAUUUAUUUUGUAUGUUACCUUAAAGUACGCACCCCACAAGGGCCGGCUUUUCUUUCAAACUUGAGUUAUUAAUGUAUACUUUUCUGCGGCCAUGCACAGAGGAAUUCCAAAUUCAACUUUUAUAACUAUUAGUAAGUCCUUUUUAAGAGCUCCAAGACUUUAAACACAAAACAAAAUGGAAAAAAAACACACAGAAACAAGAUAAAGCAAAGGUAUUUUUUAAUUUCAAUGUAUAUAUUGUUUAUUUAAAUAUUUGUAAGUCCAAUAGAAAGAAACAAUUUGUAAUACCUUGGCCGUAUGCAAGGACUUAAAGAAAGAAGCAUAUUCCUACAGAAUCGGAAUGCAAAUAAAUUUGAUUUAUUAUUUACAUUUAACGAACUAUAGCUAUUUUUCACAAGCUGAAGCAAAUAAAUUAUACCAGUUACCAUACAAAACAAAA